AUGACCUUCCCAUCUUUGUGCUGUAUAAAUACCCUUACUUACUUACCCGUACUUCAUUUAAAAACUCAACUUGGUAUUCAAGAGCAGGAGAAGUACUGUGACAUCAUCAAAAUGAAAGUCGCCGUUGUGUUUUUACUAGUAGCUCUAAGCGGCUGCUUUGAUGCUGCCUCAGUACCUCAAACCAACUGCCUUCAACAAUUACUGCAGGAAGAUGCUCCACUUCUUCUCCAAGAGUUGGGUAGCCUGAUCUGCGAUUACAAAGUUGCUCAGGCUAAGCAAAAUGCAGCAAUGUUUCUGGCAUUUUUGCAACAAGUGAAUGCCCUUCUGGCAAAAGUAGGCUGUAGCAUCAACAACAUUCUUGGAACACAUGUGACAAUAAACCUUCAAAAUGCAGAAGCUCUUGGUGACCAAGUUGCUAAUGUGUUGUUCCAGUUUCUGCAAAACAUUUUGGAAAAAGUGGUCAAUGUUUUGGAUGACGUUCCAUUCAUGGGUGAUAUCGUGAAUGACAAGACUCUGAUUCAAGACAUAAGAGUCCUUGGAUGUGAAGUGCUGGCUGAUCUUAUUGCAGAUGUGGACAAAGUACUGAAAUUUGUUUCCAACAUUGUUGGAAAUCUUCAACAGCAAAGAGUAUAAAUCUGACCAUUUUACCUGGAAGCACAUUCAACAUUUUAUGUAUGAUGGAUUACAGUAAUCGAUAACAUAUUUUACUACAACAGCUUUUGAGCCAAAGACAUUUCUUCAUUUCACAUUA